AUGGAGGCUCAAGCAAGAGAAGUCGUGCAGACGGCAGCAGAGGCUGCCAUGCAGGACGCGGCAGAUGCGCCCCUUUCCUGGCAGGUCGACGUGGCAGGUGACGAGGACCCAGCAUUGCGCUGUCCGCCGAUCGUGCCACCGAGAGGUACCACGGUGACUCCUGGUGUCGAGUUGAAUCCGGCACCGGCUGCUGCUGCGAGCGCAGGAGUGUCAUCGAUGGGCUCGGGAUUCUUGACAGGAAAUGCUCCUGCAUCAGGGGACGCUGACAGGGCCACGGCAAAGUCAGUGGAGAGCAAGUUGCCCAAAGUCGUGGGACCUCGUGUCAUUGCGGGCCCGGGCGUCAUUGCGCCGAAGGUCCCCAUGAACCCGAUCAAGCCGUCCACAGAGACGUCUGUCCCAACAGUUAGUGUGCCUCUGCCAGCCGCAGCAGGUGCGACAGUCCAGGUUCGCCCAGAAAUGCCACUGUUGCAGCCGCGUGGCAUGCAGCUAAAGUUGGCCAGAGGAGCAGUGCCGACAAUGCCAAUAAGUGGCACAGGUCCCAGCGCUUCGUCCUCCGCCACCACCCCGGCAACGGCAUCAGCAACCACUGCGACAUCUCCUGCCGCCGUGGUACCUCGCGCUGCGGGAAUGGCCGUACCACCGCGCAUGCCCACUGCGCCGGUUCAACCGGUUCGGGGGCCUCAGCCGCCAAAGGCUCCUCCGCCUGCGGGGCUUGUCAACAAAGUGGUGCAGUCAACGACGGCAGCCAAGGCUCCUGGAGCCGAACCUUCAAGCAGUGAUGCCAGCAGGAGCCCUCACAAGGAGCGGGCGCCAGAGGUGAAAGCUCCGACAGCGCCUGUGGUGCCAGCGCUUUACCCGCAAAAGCUGUCGCCUCCGCCGCGGCUUCCGCUUUCGCCAGCCCCUGGCUUGGGAGAGGAUGCCCGCGUCUCUGGGACCACGGCCUCGAAGAAUGCUCCUCCAGAGCCGCCGUAUCAGCAGCCAGUACGCCAGCCACCUCCACCGCCACUUCCACCGAUUCCGCCACCGCCGCGGGAGGUGGUUGACAGGAGGCCCUUCGGCCGGCGGCCUCUUAGAGAGGCGCGGCAUUCUCUAGAUGAAGCCCCCGACGCUUCGAGAUCGAGAACCCAGAGAUUUUCAUGGUCCCGCUCUAGGUCACGCCGGCGGAGAUCACGAUCACCGAGGAGGAGGGAGCGAGAAAGGCACAGAGAGCCUCAUCGAGGUCGUGAUCGGCACCGCAGGUCUCGAUCGCGGUCGGCUUCGCGCUCCCGAGGAGGCGAACGUCGCCGUCGGCGCGAGAAGGUUGACGAGAAUCCUUUGGGCGACAAGGAGAUGCUCCUUGACCACGUGGUUUCGGGCAGCCCCAACCCCAUCGACAUACGCGGAAGUUUCGAGGAUGGACGUCCGAUGCAAGAGCUGGUGGACAAGCUGGUCCUGGCCGAGGCUGACCCGCUGAGAGAUGACUUCUUGAAGCUCCGGUGUGUGAUCCACCAAGGACAAAUUACGUGCCUGGAUGUGCGGCGACUUGCCUGCCUGCAAGAGUACGCCAGAAAAGUGCAGCGAGAGGUGACGAUUCGAGUGAAUGUCCAGGACAACUGGGACAAAGAUCAGAAUCUCUCUGGGUUCUUGAAGCACUACUCGACCACGGAUGGUGGCCCUCCAAAAGUGAGGAGGAGGCAGCCACAGCAAUAUGGCGCCAAUGAUCGUGACGGUCGCCGCGACGACAACGAUAGGGAGCAGCGUCAGCCAAUUGGCCAAGGCCAAGGCCGUGGAAAGGGUGGCAAAGGACAGGGCAAGAAGGGGAAGAGGCGGAACCGCGACGGGAAGUCAGGUGGCGGCUGGAAGGGCGGCCGAAAAAACUGGAACUGGAAGCAAGGUGAUGGGAGAAAAAGCUAUGAUGGCGGUAACACUGCCGACGACGACAAGGACUCACGUCAGGGUGUUGAUGACACAAACGAGGAGAGCUGGAAUGACCCGAACUUCUUCGACGAGGAGGAUUUCGUGAGCAACACUCCAGCUCCCGCAGGUUCCGCGCAGAAGCAGGGCGAGGCAUUCCGUGGCGAGGUCGUUCCGCGACGAACCAAAUGGGACAAUGCUCCGAAAGCAAACGCGGCCGCUUUCGAUCCCGAGGCGCCUCCACACAUUGGAGAAUUGCUGUAG